UAAAAUAAAUAUAAAAUGAAAAAACGCAAAAGAUGUAUUUGCAAUACAAUAAAGUUAUUACGUCAAAUAACGGGAGAACCGAAAACUUUAAAGCGAUACGAAAUAAACACAAUACGGUUUGAAUUGUUCACUGAAAGAAACUCGGACGGAACUCAUUAUUUAGUUCUUAGGGGGAAUGAUAUUUACGACAGAUACAAACACCGAAUAACCGACGCAGACAUUCAAGCUAUCUGCCGGCAUGUAAAGACUUCUCCUAAAUUAAUUGUCGAGUUAGACUUGAGCUACAACGACAUUACAGACAUAGGAUUCCUUAAGCUAAUAAAAAGACUUCUAAUCAAAGGUCGAUCGAGUGUUACCAGCCUAAAUAUAAUGAAUAAUGAAUUAACCGAAACGUCUAUUUUGAAUUUGGCUAAAUAUGCAACAUUUUUUAAAUUGAAAUGUUUAAGGUUGAAUGGAAAUGAUUUUGGUUUGAGAGGUGGCGAAUAUUUUGCUGACUUCCUUAAAAAUAAUGUUAGUGUUGAAUAUUGUGAUGUAGGCGAAACGAAUAUAUCGUUAACGAGCUUAGCUCAUAUAAUCACAGCACUAAGGAAAGACUAUAACGGGAACGAGACGGUGAAAGUCAUCGAUUUAAGCCGAAUCGUACCUCUGUUCAAACGAUAUUCAUACGAAACUAAAUGGCUGGCAUAUCAUAUCGAAUACUUACUAGAAAGAAAUUCAACCAUAAUCGAGUUACAUUUACAAAAGAAUCAAUUGAUUGGACACGAUAUGGAAUACUUCGUUAGAGGCUUACGACGGAAUAAUACCUUAGUCUAUUUAGAUCUAGGCUACAACCAAAUUGGUGAUUACGGUGCCGAGUUACUGGGGCGAUACUUGAUGGAAAAUCCGCAAUUAAUCUUACUAAACAUCGCCGGUAAUGGGAUAAACGACACUGGAGCGAUUGCCUUAAGUUUCGGGUUGCCAUUUUCGAAAAUUCGUGCCCUUGAUGUGGCCAAUAACAAACUUACAGAUGAUGGUAUUAUUAACUUAUUACACACGAUAAAAAAAUCGUUUUAUUUACGCUUUUUCAACUUAUGGGGUAAUAACAUAGGCCAUUCGAGUUGUGAGAUUAUAGAGCGAAUGUUAUUUAGUGGUGCGCUGUUUCAACAUACGAUCGAUGUUAAAGUUUACGAAGUCGAUGGAGUUUUACACGCAGCAUAUUACCCUAAUCCGGCUGAUCGAAAUAAACACCUUUAUUAUAAUGAAUUAGACUUCGGUUACGCGGUACCCAUAUACCAUAUAAAAAGAAAUGUGUUGCCACAAAAGAAAAUUGUUAAAGUAGAUUGUAAACAACGCCAAAGACUUGAUAAAACAAAUAAAAAUACAUUUUGA